GCUCACGUGACCAGGCCCGCGCUCACGUGGCCGCGCAGCGGCGCCGGCGGAGCGAUGGCGGCCUGGGGGACGCUGGUCCCGCUGCUCCUCGGGUUCGCGGCGCGCGGGCCCGCGCUUGCGGGCGCCGCGAAGAUGAAGGUGGUGGAGGAGCCCAACACGUUCGGGCUGAACAACCCGUUCCUGCCCCAGACCAGUCGCCUCCAGCCCAAGAGGGCUCCCUCGCCCUUCUCCGCUAUAGCUUGGUGGAGUGCACUUUCUUUGACUUAUCAGCAGAUGGCACCCCUGAGCCACCUGGUACCCUCAAGCCAGCUCUCCCAGCUUCAUCUGUGCGGGCCCGCACAUCUCUCCAGACUCGCCGGCGAUUGCUUCAGCCUGGUGGAGUCUACGUACAAGUAUGAGUUCUGCCCGUUCCACAACGUGACGCAGCAUGAGCAGACCUUCCGCUGGAACGCCUACAGCGGGAUCCUAGGCAUCUGGCACGAGUGGGAGAUCGCCAACAACACCUUCAGGGCCAUGUGGAUGCGGGACGGCGACUCGUGCGGCUCCAGGAGCCGGCAGACCAAGGUGGAGCUCGCGUGCGGGAAAAGCAACAGGGUGGCCCGCGUCUCAGAGCCGAGCACCUGUGUGUACGCACUGACCUUCGAGAGCCCGCUGGUCUGCCAGCCCCACGCCUUGCUAGUGUACCCAACCCUGCCGGAGGCCCUGCAGCUGCGGUGGGACCGGGCGGAGCAGCAGCUGGCCGACGAGCUGAUCACGGCCCAGGGCUACGGCAAGCUGCUAAGGGCGCUUUUUGAGGAUGCCGGCUACUUAGUGACACCAGAGGCAAAUGCACUGGCCCAGCAGGAAGGAGGUCCGAAGGGCCUGGUGUUUGAGACCUUGGAGGACUGCAGUAAGGCCCAUAAAGACCUGACCAGGGAGGUCAAAAGGCUGGAAGGUUUGCUGGCCCUGCACGGCAUCCGCCACUCGCAGCCCACGGAGACCUCUAGCUCCAAGCAGCUGGGCCACCAGACACCCACCACCGGGGGCCCAGGGCGGCAUAGGAAUGCUCUGUGACCCUGAGGACAGGUGGCCCAGCGCAGCAGCCAACACUACAGCCACGCGGCAGGGGACAGACUCACAGGGAGCGCCCACAGUCAAGAUUCAAGGUUUUAAUUAAUUCCCAUAGUGAUAAAAAUAAGUCCAUGAAUUCUGUAAACCAUAAAUAAAUGCUAUUGUGUAAAAAAAUUUAAA